UUUACUGCAGUAAAGAGCUCUGCGUCCUUAAAUUAUUGAGUGGUGGUGCCGAGCUCUCCAACUGAACAAACAGUGGUCUUUAUUUUAUUUUUCUGCACCGACCACAUGUGCAGUAAGUGCAUAGUAAAUACAAUCAAUGAGCAUGUGUUUUUCCGGGGAAAUUGGCAGUGAUAACACUUGUGGUCGAACUUGGCCAUUGAUCGCAUGUGUGUGCAAUUUCUUCCCCAAGUUAGAGCCAAAGUCUUAACUGUGUUAAGCACAUACAGAUUCGAAGCCCUCCAGAAUUAUGACUUCGUAAUUCAUUAUUUUUUUCAAAGCAACACAUUGUGAAAUGAUGCAACUAAAUGAUUUUUGAUUGAAAUACGUCAGAAUUAUGUUUAAUUUUGAUCAUUUAAAGUAUUUAGAAAAAGUGUUGGCGGCCUUUGUCUCUUGCAGUCACAGCUGCAGGGACAUUGUGUUCAAACUCUGCGGAGCUCUCGGCUCCUUCUGCUUGGCUUGCUCCCUGAUUGGCUAAGCCUUGCCUGUGAUGUCAUCAGUGCAUGUUAUAAGGGCUCUGACAAAUAGCCUGAGAGACACAUGAGAAGCAGCGCCGCUAAACUGGGGGCAGACUGAGUGAGACGGCAGGAGUAGAAGAGAAAGUGCGUGGAAAGAAAGACGUGGCGCUGAAGUUAUUAUUAUUAUUAUUUUUUUAAAGAAAGUCAUCAAGCGGGGACUUUUCUUCUAUGAGGAAGUAAGAGAAGGAAACCACCUGUGGAGAUGGAAAGUGUAAGCCUCCCACAGAACCUCAAUGUGAGCGCAGCCAUGAUCAACUCUUCUUCAGAUCUAACCAAAAGUAAUGAGGGAUUUAGUGAGGUGACAAUGAUUCUGCUGGGCAUGAUCAUCUCAUUGCUCAUCCUCUGCAUUGUUUUCGGCAACAUCCUUGUCAUAACGGCAAUCGGCCGCUUCCAGCGUCUCCAAAAUGUCACCAACUGCUUCAUCACCUCCCUGGCUUGUGCCGAUCUGGUCAUGGGUCUCAUCGUGGUCCCUUUCGGUGCUUGUUAUAUCAUCUUCAAUACCUGGCAUUUUGGAAGUUUCUGGUGCGAGUUCUGGACGGCCACCGACGUGCUCUGUGUGACUGCGAGCAUUGAGACCUUGUGUGUCAUUGCCAUAGACCGUUACUUGGCCAUUACCUCUCCCUUCCGCUACCAGACUCUGCUGACAAAGUGUAAGGCUCGCAUCGUGGUGGUGCUGGUGUGGGUCAUCGCCGCCUUGAUAUCUUUCCUGCCCAUACACAUGAAGUGGUGGAUAUCUGAUGAUAAGGAAGCAAAAGAGUGCAUCGAGGAUAGCAGCUGCUGUGAAUUCUACACGAACAUGGCUUACGCCAUCACGUCCUCCAUCAUCUCGUUCUACAUCCCCUUGGUCAUCAUGGUGUUUGUCUAUAGUCGAGUUUUCCAGGAGGCCAAGCGCCAGCUCCAAAAGAUUGACCGAAGCAUGGGGCGCUUUCACAACAGCGACAACAUCAAACCUUUGGACGCCCACAUCGGGCGCGGGCAGAAGAAGGUGAAGUUUUGUCUGCGGGAACACAAGGCCCUAAAGACGCUGGGCAUCAUCAUGGGGAUCUUCACUCUGUGCUGGCUGCCCUUUUUUCUGCUCAACGUGGUGGUUGCCAUAUGGAAGGUGGAAGAUAUCGACCUCACAUUCAGAAUCCUCAACUGGAUAGGCUACGCAAACUCAGCCUUCAAUCCACUCAUUUACUGCCGGAGCCCAGAGUUCAGAUAUGCAUUUAAGGAAAUUCUCUGCCUCAAAAGGAGCCACAUCUCCAAAGGGGGACCUAUGAAUGGAUACAUCUACGAUAGACACAGCUGGCAGAGCGAGCAACACUGUCAAAUUAAAGGCAACUUGGACGACAGCGAUGCCGACGAGGGUUGUUUGGAGCAAGGAGCGUGUAUUGACAGUGUUGAGGACAGAGCGGUGGACUCCAAUGGGAACUGCAGCAAAGACCUCACAGUUGUAGCGGCUGUACUUUAAACUCUGAGACUUUUGCCCAAAGGGCACAAUUAAUGUUUACACUACUGACUUGCACCCAUUGCCUUUGCCAGGUAAGGCCAGGCAGGCAGCAUGGCGGCGCAGGAUUCUGCUUUAAGGAAACUAUAUUUAUCAUGAAACAGAUACAGUGUUGGCAGAUUUUACUCAUUCGCUCUGUUGAUAUAACAUCUACCUCACCACGUUGUCUUGAAUGUGUGCUUGAGCAUUUGCUUUGCCUCAACAUGAUAGCAGAGACGCUAUCCUUAAUUUAAAAAUGGAGGCCUCUCUGUCAAUAAGGAUGUAUCGCAGAUUUAUCAGACUAGAUUGCUGAUAGUGAAACAUUCCAAAACCAUUCCGUCUUAAUUUUGGCUUCAUUGAAUUUGCUGUAGAUAGAUGUACAACAGGUAUGGGAACAUUCUGCUGUCGCUGUUUUGCGAGGCCCCCGCUUGGCCUGAUCUCCCUUUUACAGCCUGCUCCUUGGGAGGUAGCGUUGCAGAUAGCGCCACUGAUAAAUAACAGUUAUCUCCGUCUCGCCGGUGCGAGCUGUGCAACGCCCGGGGCCAUUCUCUGUUGGCUUUGUGAUAAAAAGUGCACAUUUGUAAAGCAACCAGCAAUUCCAUUAUCAGCACUAACGUUUCCUAAUAAGCAUACUGUUUUAAAUGCUUUCAGCAGAUUUCAAGCUGAGCAAGGAAUUCAUUUCCUUCAUUGCACUGGUUCAUUUGAAUGUAAUACCCAAUGUAUGUGUUUUGUUAAAUGCUCUGUUUCAAUGAGAGUAUUGUGUUUACAGCAUGAGCGUCUGUGUGCGUGUUGAUCUGCGCCUUUGUGUGUACCUGUGUGUACGUAUGCACAUAGCCCACACUAGGCGGGAACAGCCGAGAUAUAAGCCGAGAAGUACUUAGUCCUAAUUGUAUCAAAGAGAAGAGACCAGCAGUGCACGUUUGUGACUUCUGUGACAUUCUCCACACUGCCCUUAACCUACACAUGUAUAUACUGUAUGUACUGUAGUGCCAUGAAACAAUCCAGAAGAGACUCUGCACAGUGUUCUUCUUCUUGGUGUGUCUGUCUCCAGGAAGUGGUCCAAAUCCAGCUCAGCCCUGCCCAAUAAACAAGUGUAAAUCCAUUAUCUCCACUGACAAGCUACAGGAUCUGAUCCCCUCCCUUAAAACAAUACAGCUGCACAAAGUUGCCCGUUUGAAUGCUGCCAUCACACAAAGGACCAAUUUGAAAAUGAGUCUUACGAGGACAGGUUUUAAGGAAAUAAACCACACAUUCUUAGCCUAAAUUGCUGUUGAGUGAAGGGGGUCUCUUGAGUCAGGUUAGGGUUAUCUUACUUUGAUCGCAGUGACAGUUUGCUAAAUGUUGCAACAGAUGGCUGAGGAAGGAACACAAUCAGUGUUAGUGACCUGUGUUUUUGUGGACGUAGCCUUGCCCCUGCUCUCGAUGAACUUUGCAUCUCUAUGCUCUCUGUAUUGCUCCACUCAAUCUAGCGCGGCGAUGCGUAGCGAGUUGACACAAGUGUCAUCAUACGUCAAUGUAUGUGAAGUGAAAAAAAAAAAAGGUUUCCACUCAUACUUUUCCUUCCCUGUUUUUCUUCUUGAAGGAUUUAUUGCAAAGUAAUUUGAACAGUUGACUGUCAUAAAAAAUACUCCCCAGAUGUCUUUUCACUGUACAGGUACUACAUCAAAAGUAACAAAUGAGAAACGAGUUACUGAUUCCUGACUACACUUUAUGAACUAUAAAGCUUUAACUGUGUAGUUCACUGUCACUUUUCAGGUUACAAAACAGAGCGCACAUUUUUCUGGUGGAUUUAAAACAAACAUUAUUUUGCAUGGUGAAUCUGUUUUUGUGCUGACGUGCUGUUGGUAUUUUUUUUUUCCUAAGUGCUCUGUUUAGACCUGUUGAACUCCCAUCAGUAGUAUAUCCACACUGCUCCCUCCUGGCAAUGCCCUCUCCUCGCAACUCAACUCUGACUCCUGAAUGCUUACACUUCAUGCGCACACACACUACACUAUUGUUAUAUGCAGUUGUAAAUUACACACAAAGCAUUCAUGACAACAUUCCAGGUCCGGAUAAUAAAAGUCAAUUAAGUGUGUUAAAUGUAUUUGGUUAAGAAUUCUUAUACUGUGUAUCAUGCCCAAAGAGGUUCACGGGAUAUGCCUUUGGACUUCAAUUUAAAAAAGAACUAAUGGCAUAUGUAUGACGAUGACUUUAUUGUAGCGCAGCAAAACAUUUUGCAAAAUGGUAAAUUAGGAAUGGACUUCAAAACACAUUCAGUAGUUAAUCUUUUCACAUUACCUGAAUGUUACUAUGGUUUUGCAAUUGUCAUUCUGCAAAAUGAUUGUCUGGUGGACUGCUGUGACUCAACGAUGUGUGAAUUACCAUUAGUAUAUGCUUUAGUCGAGUCACUGAUGGUGCGCCUGACUUUGGUGCGGGCAGCGUGGGAUGGAUUCCUGCUCAGUGAUGUGUCGAUAUCUUCCCUGCGACUGACUGGCAACCAGUUCAGGGUGUGGUCUGCCUCUCGACUGAAGUUAGCUAGGAUAGGCUCCGGCACGCCUGCUACCCUUGUGAGGAUAAGUGGCUUGGAAAAUGGACUAUAUGCUUUAGUCACUGUGUGAAAAGUGGCCAUCCGCACAGCUCAAUGUUUACUAGAUGUUUUUCAACUCCUUUGUGCCCAAGGUUGUCGUGGGUAUAUGUCUGUAGCGUAACGUGAUGUUCUGUGAUAUUUACAAAAAGAAGGAGCUCUUCUGUUGAAAUAAAUUAUUUUUGUGUUCCCUGUGCAGUCGUCAUUUUGUAAUCAUUAAAUUACCCAACAAUACUCUACUUUUUUUGUGUUCUUCUUAAAUGUGUCUGCCAGUGAAUGCAAUUGGACAAGGGAAAGUUGAACAUAGUUACACAAAAUUGGGUGAGGUUA